GCAUCCAUCCUCAUCAUCUCUCCUCGUCCCCCUGCUCCUCCUCCGUAUUAUGCUUCCCCUCUGGGUUAGGAGGCUGUUUAAUGGCAUUUGUGAUGAGCACGGGUGACCUGCCCUGGCCGAGCCCCAGGCAGCGUAGCCACGACGUGGCCGCCUUCCCCCCUUCCUCAUCCUUCCUCUUAAUUUUCCAUUAUCCUCAUCUUCAUUCGUAGCCAUUCUGGCUCAAGCGCCCACGAAGAUAUCCCGAGGCGUUCGAGGAGCCGUGCUGCCGCACAUCUCGCCGCCAUGGCCAACCCCAAGGUGUUUUUCGACAUGACGAUUGGCGGAGAGAACGCCGGCAGGAUCGUCAUGGAGCUGAGGGCCGACGUGGCUCCGAAAACCGCGGAGAACUUCCGCUGCCUCUGCACGGGGGAGAAGGGCACGGGCAAGUCGGGCAAGCCCCUGCACUUCAAGGGUAGCGCAUUCCACCGCGUUAUCCCGGAUUUUAUGUGCCAGGGCGGCGACUUCACCGCCGGCAAUGGCACAGGUGGCGAGUCCAUCUACGGCAGCAAGUUUGCGGACGAGAACUUCACGCUCAAGCACACGGGCCCCGGCAUCCUCUCCAUGGCGAACGCGGGCCCCAACACUAACGGCUCGCAGUUCUUCCUCUGCACCGUGAAGACUUCCUGGCUCGACGGCAAGCACGUCGUGUUCGGCUCCGUGACCGAGGGCAUGGACGUCGUGAAGAAGGCCGAGGCCGUGGGCUCGCAGUCCGGCAAAACGUCCAAGCCCGUGGUCAUCGCCGAUUGCGGGCAGCUCUGAGCGGGCCACUGCGCCCGCACGCCUCCAAGGGCGCACCCUGCCUUCCCCCUUCCCCUGCCCUCCCCAUCCCUCCCAGAACUACGUGCUCCGCACGAGUGCUACUCCUCCCUCCCAGGGAGGGCCACGCCCCUCUCCGCAGAAUGUUUUCCCGUGCAGGAUCUGAAAAGCUUGUACCCAGUUGCGUUGACGCGCAUACCCGCAAUCGCCCUCGUGGAAGCUGCGCAGGCAAGCCGCAGUGGUGCGCAGACACGGCGUUUUAUGGUCCUUGCGCUGCCUACUAGGGAGCUGAAAAAACUGCCUUUGUCGACGUUGCUCGCUGAGUGCGUCGAAGCCCUCCGGGGGCCUCUUAGAAGCCUGUCGGAGCCUCGUGGGGUCCUCUGUGAGGACACUUCAACUCGUGCCCGAGGGCACGGCGGCGGAU